UCCCCACGUCAGUUCCGAGGUCUGACCAAUCGACUGUCAAAACUCCUUGACAUUUCGAUUUAGGGGAAUUAAUCGAAACGUAACUGACACUUGCCGGUGAUUUCGAUAAUCGUCAUGACUGAAUCACUUGAUUAUUUAUUUAUCCGAUAAUUGUACAUGCGAGUUAUCACCCCCGAAAGGUGGAGAAACGGAACAGCUGUAAAACUCCAGUGCACGCCGUCGCAAAACGUCGGGUCUCAGUACUGUGCCAGCAUGGGUUUCAGAUCACAUCUACUUCAUACCCUCAAAUUAAAAAAUCAUAAUGUGCAACAGAGAAAUCUGUCGGAACUCUACAGUUGACUCUGCAAAUUCAUCCGAGGAAAUUUACGAGUCAAAUCACGAAUUUUUAUCGCACUUGUGUCACUGCAAGUGCAAAGUUAUAGGACUGGUGCGUCAUCAGAUGGAGAGGGUUUCACAAGAACAUAGAUUUGAUUUGAAUUUUCGGUCAAAUCCAAAGUACCAAAAUACCAAGUCCGAGGUACUCACGAAUGCCUCGAAGGAGAGGGGAGUCCAGACCCUGACAGAAGUGAAGAAUCAAAAUGAAAAGAAGACCGAAGCUAGGGAUAAUGAAACCUCGCCAUCUCCACCUCUGGAAACCACAUUUUUUCCAAGUUUUCUACUCAAAAGACCGCCUCUUCCUCAGCUGAACCAUUUUUAUCAGUACAAAAAUGUUGUUGUGGGCUCCCUGGUGAUGCUGGGAGUUGUCUGGAUGGCACUCGUACUCGGGGCUCUUCUGGGAGCUUCAGUUUGUGGAGAUAAACGCACAUGUCUUCCCAUCUUUCAACUCGACUCCACCAUUCGAUCGAAACAUUCCAUAUUCUAGUCUUAGCAAUCAAAAUUUUUCACAUUUUUCUCUACAAUCUGUAUUUUUAAAUAAUCCGAUAGAAAAUCAAACCGACGUCCACAUAAUUGGAUUUUUCUUUUAAUUAAAAAUAUUCGAAAAAAUUUAUGAGUAUUAAGAAAUAUAUUAUACAAUCAGUAAUUAAGAAAUUAAAAUGAAACUUGAAUAUUUCUAUCGAAUGGUUGAGAUAUUUCUUAUUCUAGUCUUAACAAUUCUUCACAUUUUUUUUGCAAUCUACAUUUUUUAUA